AUGGCUGAGCGCCAGGUUACCCAGCAGACAAUUUUCAGCCUGCUUGUCAAGCUUGAUGACCCCGAUGCCGAUCUGAGAUACAUGUCACUGAACGAUCUUUAUGGAAUCCUCACCAACUCCAACUCUUCAUUCCUCACUCAUGACCGUAACACAUCAACGAAACUCGCGGAAGGUCUACUCAAGGCUCUGGAUGAUCAGCACGGCGACGUGCAGAACCAGGCCCUCAAAUGUCUGGGUCCUCUCGCUGUUCGCUUGCCAUUCGAAUCCCUUACACCUCUUCUCGAGCGAUUGGCCAACCUGACUACCUCGCAGACGAUAGACACAUCCGUCCCCAACACUGCUCUUCGGGUCAUCGUGGAUACCCUCCCUCGUCCUCAGGCGGGCCAACCCGCUUCUCAAAAUGCGACUACGGCAUACUCAGCAGUUUCAAAAGUCUUGGUUCCCCGUUUGACCGGGCCGACGCCCUCAAGCACAGGGAGGCGAGGCUCCAUGGUGAAGAGCAUGAUGGAGAAGGAUCCAUCACGGGGCUUCAGUAGUGAUGCCAUCGAUGUGCUCAUCAAAGUCGUGACCUGCUUUGGGCCCCUGCUCCAAGAGUCGGAGCUCGCUGCCCUCCAAGCGUCCGUCAUGGCCAUCAUUCAAAACGACACGGCUGGAACUGUUGUCACCAAGCGCGCUCUGACAGCCAUCUCAGCGCUUGUGCUCCACUUCUCCGACGCCCAGCUCAACAGCUUUGUGUCCGAUCUGGCAAAGACAUUGUCAUCCAAUAUUUCCAUGGUGCAGCGCCGGCACUUGAUUGCUGCAAUUGGCGCCAUUGCAAGAACUGCACCUGCCAAGUUCGGCCCACACCUGGAUACCCUUGCUCCUUUUGUUUUCUCAGCAGUCGGGGAGGAUAACAUUACCCCGGGAAACUGA